AUUUUGAGCUUUAAACCCUGCUCAUGGCAUAACAUGUUAUAAUGCUGAUUUUUGCCCUCAUCCCUAGGGAUAUGUAGUUAUUUUGAAACUCUCAAUCCCUUCAAUUUCUUUCUGUUUCUGAAAACCAAAGGUCUAAAGUUAACUUUAGUAGAGACUUUGUUGGUCCCUCCCUCCCCCCAACUCAUCAGGGCUGGUGGGGAGGGUGGAUCUUUGCCCUGAGAGGGGGGUCAAAACUCCAGGCGGUGGUGGUCAUACGCCAAAGCAAAGGGCUCCCAUCAUGGAGUCCAACCCAGAGAGCCCCAACCGGGCCGUGGAGUACCUACUGGAGCUCAACAACAUAAUUGAAAGCCAGGCCAAGCUCCUCGAGACGCAGCGCAGGCGCAUCGAGGAGCUGGAGGGCCAGCUGGACCGGGUCAGCCAGGAAAAUCAGGACCUGAGGCUGGAGCAUGGUCCGCAUGGGUCAGACGCUCCAGAGCAGAACCACAACCACAGCCAGCCCCUGCCCCUUCCAGUCCAGCAAGGCGGCGGCGGAAGCGGCGGCGGCGGAUGCACCUCAACGCCUCAGGUUACAUCUGGAUCAGCAACAACUCCGGGUCCCAGCAGGGAAAAGAGGAGCCACGCUCGACUGACACGGGGCCUCUCCUGUGGUUCCUCCAACAUGGACCGGGACCGGCUGGAACGCACUGACAGCACAGACACCAACACUAGCUCCAGCGCACGCAGAAAUUUAGAAGGGGAGUCCCGCUGUCCGGAAACAGUGACACACAAAGACAGCUCCUUCAGCCAGUCGCCUUAUCUUCACGGCUCAGAGCGCUACAGUGACAGCAUCAGUGGUGCUCCCUCUGCUUCAAGGGGCCCCGCCAGCGUGGUCACCUCCAGCUCAGCCAGCUUGGCCUGGGCGCUGCGAACCCGCCACCAGCCGGCAAGCCUUGCCCUCCGCAAGCAAGAGGAGGAGGAAAACAAGAGAUGCAAAGCCCUCUCUGAUAGCUAUGAGCUCUCAACGGAUCUGCAGGAUAAGAAGGUGGAGAUGUUAGAGAGAAAGUAUGGGGGCUCCUUUGUAAGUCGCAGGGCAGCCAAAACCAUUCAGACAGCCUUUAGACAGUAUCGCAUGAAUAAGAACUUUGAGCGCCUCCGAAGCUCUGCAUCAGAGAGUCGCAUGACACGGCGCAUCAUCUUGUCCAACAUGAGACUGCAGUACUCCUUCGAUGAGAGACAGCCCCAACAACAGGCACAGACACAGACCAACUUCACCCACAGUGUGGCCAUAGGGCCUCCUCGUUCCCCUGAUACUGACCGCACUACAGACUACACUCAUCUGGAGGAUUCCUUCUCCAAACAGGUCAAGUCCUUAGCUGAUUCAAUUGAUGAUGCUCUCACCUGUCGCGCGGGUCGCGAUGAUUCUCAAGAGGGCAGCAAGGAGGGUGGACCAAUCAGUGAAGACUUUGGAGAGUGCAUGUGGAGCAGCAGCAGCAACCCAUCUUCCCAGAGAGGUUUGGGAGAAAGAGGAAGAGGAGCUGGAGGAGGACUCAGUAUGCAUGGAGACAGUACUGCCACCUCGUACAGCGACGUCACUCUUUAUAUGGAUGAUGGGAUGCCAUCUUCUCCACUAUCCCUGGACAGAGCACCCAGCAGUACAGAUACAGAGUACUGGGGCCCCGGCGGGGGGGUUGGAGGCAGAGAGGACAGCAGGGAUACUGAAGGGGGAGGUAGCAGCAACAGCCGGCGCAGCACGCCAUGCACAGAGUGUAGAGACUACCGACUAAGGGGAGCCCAUCUGCCCCUUCUCACCAUUGAGCCACCCAGUGACAGCUCAGUAGACAUGAGUGACCGUUCAGACCGAGGCUCCCUAAGCAGACAGUUGGUUUAUGAGCAGGAACCUGGGGUAGGUUCAGGCUCCCCGCAGGGAACUCUCAAACACACCCCAAACUCAGGCACACACCCCACCUCGGCAGCAGCUGCCCAGGGUCAGACCAGGGCACCCGGAAGAUCCAUACCGACACAUAUUCCACACCAGGUGGCGGCCCACCACCACCAUCACCACCAUCCUAUCCACCACCAUCAGUACCCUGACACACCUUCAUCCUCUUCCUCUCCCCAGCAGCCCCCUACCACCCCUUUGUCAUCUUCCUCCUCGACAGCUCUGCCACCUGGUGCUCUGGAGCAGCCAUGCUGCUCUGAUGGCGACAAUGACUCUCUCAACUCAACCACCAAUUCCAACGAGACAGUCAACUGCAGCUCUGGCUCCUCAUCUCAGGACAGCUUGCAGGAACCUCUUCCUUCUCUGGGCAAGCAGACGUAUCAGAGAGAGAGCCGCCAUAGCUGGGACUCUCCACCCUUCCACAGUGACGUGGUGCAGAGACGCCAGUACCGUAUUGGUCUUAAUCUCUUCAACAAGAAACCCGAAAAAGGCAUCCAGUACCUGAUUGAACGAGGGUUUGUAUCUGACACACCUGUUGGGAUUGCUCGCUUCCUCUUGGAAAGAAAAGGACUGAGCCGGCAGAUGAUUGGCGAGUUUCUUGGAAACCGACAAAAACAGUUCAACAAGGACGUUUUAGACUGUGUGGUUGAUGAGAUGGAUUUCUCAGGUAUGGACAUUGAUGAUGCUUUGAGGAAAUUCCAGGCGCAAAUUAAAGUUCAAGGUGAAGCUCAGAAGGUGGAAAGACUUAUAGAGGCCUUCAGCCAGAGGUACUGUGUGUGCAAUCCAACCCUGGUUCGGCAGUUCCAGAAUCCUGACACCAUCUUUAUUUUGGCGUUUGCCAUAAUCCUCCUCAACACGGAUAUGUACAGCCCCAACAUCAAAGCAGAGAGGAAGAUGAAACUAGAGGAUUUCAUCAAGAAUUUGAGAGGUGUGGACAAUGGUCAGGAUAUACCUCGGGACCUGUUGGUUGGCAUCUACCAGCGAAUACAGAAAUGGGAGUUACGGACCAAUGAUGACCAUGUGUCGCAGGUGCAGGCAGUGGAAAGGGUCAUUGUUGGCAAAAAGCCUGUGCUGUCCCUACCCCACCGCAGGCUGGUUUGUUGCUGCCAACUCUAUGAGGUUCCUGACCCAAACAGACCUCAGAGGACAGGAGUUCACCAACGAGAAGUUUUUCUCUUCAAUGAUUUGUUGGUGGUUACCAAAAUCUUCCAAAAGAAGAAAACCUCAGUCACUUACAGUUUCAGACAAUCUUUCCCUUUGGUUGAUAUGCAAGUCCACAUGUUUCAGAAUUCAUAUUAUCCUCACGGUAUCCGCCUGACCUCAUCUAGCCUAGGCGGAGAGAGGAAGGUUCUUAUCGUCUUUAUGGCACCAAGUCAGCAGGACCGCACCCGCUUUGUUAGUGACCUCAGGGAGAGUAUUGCUGAAGUGCAAGAGAUGGAGAAAUACAGAGUGGAGUCGGAACUGGAGAAGCAGAAAGGUGUGAUGCGUCCAAGCCUACUGACCAGCGCUGUGGUUGGUGGAGGCGCAGGUAUGAAGAGCGAUCUCGUGAAUGGCACCAUGGGAAGGACAAGCUUUGAUGACAACUGCUCAGUUGGUGAGGGUCUCAAACGCACAGCGCUCAGCUCAUCUCUCAGGGACCUCUCAGACACAGGGAAACGUGGUCGCAGGAACAGUGUUGGUUCUCUGGACAGUACAAUGGAACAGCCCACAGCCUCAUCAGCGCUACCCAGUGCCAGGUGUGAUCCCUGGCUGCUACAGCACAGAAGAAUUCCGGCCUCACCGCCCCAUCCUGAGCCCCGGAUCGGGGGUGGGGGGUGGGCCGGGGCAGCAAAUUACCACUGCUGGGACAGGAGUUGGGGGAGUCUCCAGCAGUGUAGAGAGAGCAGGAGCAGGGGUAGGCCCUGGGGGGAGCAACAGCAGCAACAACAGCGGCUCCUUCCUGGGUUCACUCUUCGGCAGCAAACGCGCCAAACCACCAGGGCCUCUUAUUCCACCGGGGCCACCCUACCCCGCACCUGUACCCCCACCGACUACUGGAGGGCCCCCUCCUCACUCCCCUUCAUCCCUUUGCCAGCUGGAGGGGGGGGCUUCCAAGAUUCAGGCACUACACGCACAGUUCUGUCACAUGGGUUCAAUACAGCCUCCACCACCUUACUACCAUCACCAUCGCUUCCACGUCCAGCCCGCGCCCCCUCCUUUGCAAGGGGUCCCCCCUCAUACUUUACAGAGAGGCCCACUACCCUGUCGUCCUCCUGUUGGUCCACCACACGUCCAGCACCCACAGCUGGCCCAUCUCUCCCAGCUCUCCCAGCAUGGGCUUCAGGGUCGCUACACCAACAUGGUGGUAGGAUGUCCCCCCCCUCUUUCUCCUCUCUCCCAACAUUGCCAGAGCCCACAGUUCGCUCUUUACCACGUUCAGCCCACACAAUCUGCCAGAGGGGUCGGCGCCCCAGGUUCCAAACCCCCCCUAACGUUGUCUCUUUCCCAACCCCACCCGCACGCGCACUCCCAAACCCACCCCAGACAUUCUCAAACUCCACACCCAACAAGCCAUUCCACCCAUCAAACACACUUUUUAUUCGGCACGCUGCCCCACAACCUUCCGUCCGCCUCCGUCAGUGCGCAUCACGCAGCCUCCGCCGCCCCGUAUCUGCCCCAGUACCCUCCUCUCUCCUCCAUCCCCCCUCCCCCACCACACUCCCCUUUACCCCCCCCUUCGUCCCCCCUUACCCCUCUUACACCUCUCUCCCCUCACCCCCCCCAGCACCCAGGGCAGCUUCAGCAGGGGCCGCAGGUGACAGGGGCUGGAUCGACAGGUACGGUGGGCAGCUCCAAAUCCAAGCCUAUCAACCGGAUAAGUACCGUGGUUUGAGCAGGACAUGGAGCUCUAGGGGUCACCGGCUAGAGGACAGGUAUGAGGAGGCGGGCCGAUCACGGACACGAAGCAAGUCCGCCCGGACAGAAAGCAACAGCAGCAGCGCUGAGAAGAGGAAACGCAGGCUGCUCCGUCUCUGUUACUUUCACCUCCGCUUCCCACAUAUGUAGGUGGAGUUAGCGAGCACAGCAAGACUUCAACGGUUUGUGCCCGAAUACCUGAAAAACUGCACUCACAACACCACAUGAGCACAUGUUACUGCUUUUGCCGCACACAAUCAUAAAAAGCCUAUAGCCAUAUAAUUUAAGAUGAAACUAAAAUCUAUAUCUGAAUAUAAUGCUUAAGUUUACUUGUUUGAAAUUAUGAGUAUGUAUGAGAAUAUUUCUAUGUACAGUACAAGAUGUUUUAACGUGGCACUAGGAAAACAGAGAGAUUAUGUAUUAUUGUGGCUGAAAAUGGGUUUUUAAAUAGAGACUGAACCAUCGAAUGCAUUCCAGUUGUACUUUUGCAUUGAAAAGAGAAGAAAAAAUAGCAAAAAAAACUCUCCCUAGACUUUGCAAUAAUUUACUUGGCUUCAUGAUGUCUCCAUCCAUUAGCAUUGGUUACAAUUUGCCCUUCAGGCAAUUUUUUAAUUGCUUAGAAGACCUCAGAUAUGUUGCUCUCUCUUAAACUUCUAAAACGAUCACAGCUUUUUAACAAUGUGCUGCUCUCCUGGUCUUACCCACAUCAUGGGAAUUAUUAAAGGUAUCUAUGUGGGGUUUGGGACAUCGACAGAAUGACACAAACAAGAAUAUAUUUUUAAUGUUUCCGAAGCUUCUUGCUGUUUUAUUGAUAUUACGAUAUACCUGCUCUACCUGAGUAUAAUGAAUAUUGUCCAAUCAUUGUUUUGAUCAGUGAUUAAUUAUAUCAACAGAUGUUUGUACGUGGUUAUCAAAAGUAUGUGCACAUACAGAUUCUCUCAUUUUGCCAUAACCACUGGAGGGAAUUCUGUUAUGUGGAGUGUAGUUUAUUUUCAUAUCAUUAUAGUUUCCUUUAAGUUUUCAAUGUUUAGUAUAUAUCUGGUGUUAAAAUAAGAAUUUUAGUUGGAAUUUCUCUAAAAAAAAAUGCAAGUUUUUAAAUGACAACAACAAAGUAAAAAUCAAGAGAUUUUAUUUAAAUUGUAUUUAUUUUAUGGACUUCUCUACAUUCAAGAGAUGCCCAAAUGUGGUUUUUAAUUCAAUUCAAUUAUCAGCAACCAAGUUCAGGUUAGAUUUUUGAAAACUGUAAUCGCCUGCUUGAAUGUCAGAUUAAUUUUGGGCUUUUGAUGAUUCAUUGUACCUAUUUUAUUCCAGGGAUGAAUGAUUAUGCAACAUAUAAUUUCCGUAAUAUUUUAAAUAGCAAGAAUUAGGUGAAAAAGCUCGAACAUUUAGUGAAUUUUAUCUUAACCGUACAGUUUUAAAUAUUUGGAUAAACCCUCACUAAUAUUUUCCUAACGGCCCCUCAUCCUGUUGGACUUUAAGCAGAAGCUUUUAAAAGCCACUAAGUUUCAGGCAUUAUCUUGGCAACAUAUGUGACCACUGUUUUGGCAGAACUGGCCUAGGUUAUGUAAACUGCCUGAUUUUCUGGCAUGGAUAUGGUAUAUUUCUCAAUGCGUUUUACAUGUAUAAUCAGCCUGCAUUAUCUAUUCCUAAACUUGCACCUAUGCUGUUGUUCUUCUUCAGUUUAAACCUAAAAUUGUGUCUGAGUUUCAACAGCACGGCUAAUAAUUUGGUGGUAGUUAUAAUUCUUUAAAACUCCAAACAUCCUUUAAAAUCAAAAAAUUUUACUGGCAGCAAAACACUCCAAUACUGUGAUACUAGCAUCAUUUUUUUUUUUUUUCAGCUUUUUUUCAAUUGU